CAAUCAACUAUCAUACCAGUGGUUUCAAAGUCUCGAGUCUCACAGCAGCACCCAUAUCCGUAUACCUGCAUCAUUUGGGCGACCAUGUCAGAGUCCGGCUUGUCCUCAAGGCUCGCCAGUCUCAAACCCUUCUCCAGGUCAAAACGCAAAGUUGACGAUGAAGAUACGGGAGAGGAAAUCGACUCUUCGACAGUAGCUGGUGGUGGGCAUGCCUCGCGACAAAGUCAAAUCACCAAAACCCAGCUGAAGGUCAGCCAUGCUCUAAGGUCCUUUUUGGUGCAUCAAAAGGUGCUUUCUAAAGACGCAGCCGGGGUGGAUGAUCCGGAGAGCAUGCCUAGACCUCUGUACGAUCUCGUUGAAAAGCCUCACAUCAACGUCCCUGCAUACGUCGUGGACCGAUCUUAUCCUCUGCCCGAGUACUUCAUCAGUUCAAGCCACAACACUUACUUGCAGGCACAUCAACUUUACGGUGAAAGUUCCGCCAAGGCAUACGAGACGGCGUUGAAUACCGGGUCUCGUUGUGUCGAGAUAGAUGCUUGGGACAACGAAAACUCCCCGGACGAGCCAAAGGUCACACAUGGCUAUACUCUGGUGUCUCACAUACCAUUUCGCGCAGUAUGUGAGACCAUACGAGACUUUGUCGACAAGGAAGCAGCACAGGCCAGUGGCGAGCAGAAUUAUCGACCCGCACCCGUCUUCAUCAGCCUCGAAAACCACUGCGGGCCUCAGGGCCAGGAACGACUAGUAUCAAUCAUGAAAGAGGUUUGGGGUGACCGCCUUUUAAGUAAGCAUGUCAGGGAAAAGGGCACUCGAGAGCAACAAGGGCGCGGUGAACACGUGAGCCUCGAGGAGCUUGGAUCUAAAAUUGUUGUAAUCGUCGAAUACCAUUAUCCCAACGAGCCAGACGGUAGCGAAGAAGACUCCAGCUCCAGCUCCUCUGAUGACGAGGAAGAAGAUAGGCGAGCCCGAAAGACCUACGAAGAAAAUAAAAAGUCCGCCCCGGCUACGGUCAUCAUCCCCGAACUGGCAGACUUGGGGGUAUAUGCUCAAUCAGUAAAGCCCCAAAACACCACCUGGUUCAGCGAAGUCGGACUCCAAGAGCCCCAUCAUCACCUCAUCAACGUCUCCGAGUCUGGACUCAAGGCUCAUAUGCCUACCGAGAUUUCAUCCAUCUCCCGUCACAAUGCUCAACAUCUGAUGCGAGUGUACCCGAAAGGCACCCGGAUCUCAUCCAAGAACCUGAACCCGGUUCCUUUCUGGGGCCUUGGUGCUCACAUUUGUGCACUCAAUUGGCAAACUUUUGCCGCCCCUCUGCAACUAAACGAGGCUCUGUUCAGUGGCACGGACGGAUUUGUCCUGAAACCCGAGGCUCUUCGAAGCGGUGGCAGUGGCAAACUGAGUACGGGCAAGAAGAAAAGACUGCGGCUUCACGUGGGAGGUGCAACGGAUGUACCAGUUCCUGCAGAUCGCGACGCCGAUGAUACAAAACCCUACCUGACGUGUACGCUUGUGCAUCCGGAUGAUGUGAAGAAUGAGCCGCCUAAACGCAAGACUCGACCAUACAAGCAACAUAAACUCGAGUUCCUUCAUUCGGGACAAAAUCCUUCACCAAAAGACCCUAUCUGGGACGAGACCCUAGAAUGGGAGUACGAAGAUAAUGAGUUGGUCUUCAUCCGCAUGCUUAUCAAAUCCGACGAUAGCUUCGCAAGGAAUCCAAAGUUUGCGGUGGCUGCGGUGAGGUUACUGUACGUAACUCCAGGAUGGAAUUUUAUCCGACUCCUUGAUUUCAAAGGGAGGGAGACGACGUGCUCGUUGCUUGUCAAGUUUGAUGUUGAAGAUAUAUAGUGGAGUUGUCACAAGGUUGUAGAUAACUCAUAUUGAUUCAUGCUUAAAGUCGAGAAUGUCUCCAUACUCCGUACUAUGUGUG